GUAAUGUCAACAGGAAAUGCUGUGGUCCAAAAUAUCAAAUUAAUCUUCAGAAAUGAUUUGUGGGAAGAAUAUUCUGAGAACUAUCUUCACAUGUUUGGUAUAAAUAAUACGAUAAAACGGGUUUUUCAAUAUUGAUACAUUUGUGUUAUGUGCUGUACCUCCUGUUUUUUUUGGAAGAUCCAGUUCUAUCAAAUAUGACAAAUACUCAUGACAAGUUUUUAUAUUUUGCUUAUGGCAGCAAUUUGCUUCAACAGAGGAUUCAUAUUAAAAAUCCAAGUGCUGAAAGGGCUGGUAUUGCCAAGUUAAAAAACUAUAGGUUAGAUUUCAACACUUACUCCAAUAAAUGGAAAGGUGCCGUUGCGACAAUUACGAAGAAAGAGGGCGAUCAUGUUUGGGGGGCUCUUUGGACAUUGAAUAAGGAACAUAUGGAAACUUUAGAUAAACAAGAAAGUGUUCCAGUUUACUACACCCCCGUAACAGUUGAUGUAGAAACAUCAAGUGGAGAAACCAAAUCUUGCAGGGUGUACAUUCAAACUAACAAUCCAGAAGCAAUAGAAAAAAUUGAAGAUUUACCGCAUGAGAGACAACCUUCUUAUGCUUACCUCAAAACCAUUUUGGAAGGGGCUAAAGAGUCCAAUUUGCCAAUUGAAUACAAGAAAUUUUUAGAAAAAAUUCCCCAUAAUGGAUACAAAGGAGAAGUUGAAAUACCAGUUAAAUUAAAUAAUCUUAAUUAGCAUAACAUAAGUCUACUUGAAAUUUAUACCAUAUCAGAAUAGAUAAAUUUCAUCUGAAUUAUUGCAA